GCUGUUCGUGCAGGCUAUGCAAUUUCGCAGACAUAUACAAUUUUGCCUGUCUGUCAGUAUCCUCUAAAGAAGACUCCCUUUUCCAACCCAAAUUAUUUUUAAGUAUUGGUGUGUGUUGUUGCCAGGUACACGAAGGCAGUCAGGAAGGGCAUUUUGUUUAAUUGUCAGCUUUUCUGUAACGGACGGUGUUAUCCCUGCGAUUGCGGCUGGGGACGGUGUCAGGCGGCCGCUUCAGGAGCGCACAGUCGUGAGGAGUAGUUUACCGCAGUGAAGGACGGAGCAGCGGAGAGCGACCGGGAGGCCACAGCAGGCAAGACGCCGCGCAAAGGAAAAACAGGCUCUGUCGGUUAAAUGACUGCGACAUUUGUGACAUUUUGUGUCAGGGUCCAGCGAUCCAGGGAAUUGAUAAAACAAAAAACUCGUCGACGUCCCGGCUGUUUGGAUGCAAUGUAAUUUUUAUUGGGGCGCUGCGGUUACUCCGUCCGCUGUUCUGGUUGCGCUUGAGUAAUUUGCUACGUGUCUGUAGGUUUGCUAUAGAUUUCCUCUCAAGCCAUCUGUCCAAGAUACCGGUGCUGGAAUGUUUGGAAAAUAAUCACAGUACAGUCAGGUUCCUGUGUUGAUGUGGAAAACCCAAUAGGAACGUUCAGCUACCACUAUUAGGAUUUUCUAUUUGCAUGAAUUGUAUUUUGAGAUAUUAGGUAUUACGGCAUGUUUAUUAUAAACUAAGUGAUUACAGUGAUCACUGCUUGUAGGUGUCGUAAAUGGUAGUGAAUCAGCUGUUUGUACAGUAACUAGCACCGUUUGAAUGGCUAAAAGCAACAGAAUAAGACCAUACUGCUGUAUAUUCAAGUGCAUCCAAGCGAAGUGAAUGUGACUUUACAGCAUAAAUAGCGAAUGAAAAGCCGUUCCUCCGCUCGAAGGAAGGUAGAGUAUAUCCUACGCGCCGACUGUAAUCAAUACCCUGAUUCUUGCUUAAGCGAAGUUUCGAAGAAAAUCAAAGUGUAUUAGAGUCAGUAUUUAUUUUUCCAUGUAGCUAAUGAUUUGCCUUAUAUUCAUGCAUUUAUUCUAUUUUUAUAUCUAUUUAAAAAACUGAAAUUAUCAAGACAGCGAGUCGCUUUCACCGAUCAGUGUCACUGAGAAGGAUUUAAUCUUUUUGAACGGAUUGUCACUUAUUCGCACAGUUUAACGCAAACAUUGGGUAUACUGCAAAUGUGAAUAUUUUUGAGAGAAAAAUAAGAGAGAGGUAGUUUUUAUACAUUUGAUAUCUAAUAUAGUAAAAGCAAUAAUCUGAGUAAAAAACAGCAAUAAACGUUGUCUGAACUGGGAAAGGCUCUGGCUAAAGCACUUUCGCUCCAUUGAGUGAUUUCAUAUUUCAUAUCGUUGUCAGCAGCUGCUUCGAAGCGAGGAAUGUGCCGAGAUGCUUUUGUUUUCGCAGCAGUGAAAUUCUGAGCGCUUCACUGCUUCAGACUCAUUGCACAGUGCAGCACAUUUUCCGCGUUUCGUCAAGUCUUCCGUCAGUGGCGCGAUCUUCUCAUAUUGUACAUUAACGCACAGACCGUCUUCCUAAACUAAACUGUAGUAUAAAGGGACUGAACGCUCCGGUAGCCGGCUUUGGGACGGUGACACUCCCCAGACUACACUGCCCCAUUGCUCCUGAAACAGGCCGAACUGGGAGCACCACUAAGGCCUUUCACACUAAUACGGUUUUUGAUCAGCAAAGACUUCUAGGACAAGCAGUGCUUGAAGUCCCAGACCACGCUUGUUUACAGGCUGAGGCUGAAAUCGGGGGUAAGAUCAGAUCUGCAGUCAAGCUGCAGGGAGAGCAAGCGUCCUGCUCCAGAGGUGUUAGGAGGUUUGCAGAGAGGAGCCGCAUUCUGCAUCCAGCCCCAGCAUAGCCGAAGAAAAGGACCCCCAGCACCCGCUCCAGCUAUGAGGCCUCCCGGUGGGACCCCUCGCUCCCGUCCCGGCAGAGCGUCUGCCCUUCGCCUGCUGCUGCCGGCGCUGCUGUGCACUCUGCACGCUCCGCUGGGCCACGCUGCGUGUGUGGAGGUGGACUCAGACACCGAGGCGGUGGCGGGUGAGGGCUUCAAACUGGGCUGCAUCUCCUGCAAGAUGCGGGGAGAGGUGCCGGCCUCAGCCUCUGUGGACUGGUACUUCAGAUCCAAAGGGGACAGCGAGUUUGUGCACAUAUAUAACUACGAAGACGAGACUCCCACCAUCGUGGACGAGCGCUUCGAGGACCGGCUGGACUGGAAUGGCAGUAAGAAGACCAACGACCUGCAGGACGGCUCCAUCUACAUCCUGAACGUCACGUUCAACGACACUGGCACCUACCGCUGCUUCUUCAACCGAAUUCUCACCUUCCCCUACUAUGAGUUCCACACCAACGCCACCAAGCACAUCACCAUCAACGUAGUGGCCAAGGCCACGCGGGGCAUGGCUUCCAUCCUGUCAGAGGUGAUGAUGUACGUGUCCAUCAUUGGGCUGCAGGUGUGGCUGGUGGUGGAGAUGGUGUACUGCUACAGGAAGAUUGCAGCGGCGGGAGAGGAGGCCCUGCGAGAGAGCGCAGCAAAGAAAAGGCGCAGGGGACAGGCCCCUGACUGAUAACCCCUGCGGCCUUGGCCCUCACCACCCCCUAAUCCAGCUCCUCACAAUCCAAAAAGACCCCCCACCACCACCCACCCAACUACCCCUCACACAGCUCCUCACAAUCCCAGGAGACCCC